AUGUACAUAGCUUUGCUAGUGCUUCUGGGUCACUCUCUGGGUCUGUGGAUUUCAUCUCGCAUCUGGAAUUACUCCCCACAGCAUCCAGAGUCCUGUCCCGCGUUUAUUGGUCUCCCGUCUUUACACCGUAUUCUCAGUCGUCUCCAGGUCCCUGGGUGGUGGGAUCUUGACGCUGCGCCGCGAAUGGCACCUGGCAUCUGGCGUCUGGUCUAUCGUUUUCUAGGCUUGGCCGAGAUCCGAGAGCCAUGGUUUGUGCGCACAGCCGGUGUGGCUUGCGCUUCGUGGUGA